UUUAGAGAGACUUGGUGAGGUUGGGCCAACAUUUAAUUCGUCGCUGCAGACCACCUGUUUGGCGAUGGCGCUGUGCCUCACCUUCUUCGUCGUUGCCACUGUUGGCGCUGUCGUCUUCUUCCACUUCUACAACGCGGACAAAAGGGCGCUUACGCGAACCUGCGGUGACAUCACGACCUGGGGCGAGGGCUACCUCAAAGGCAAGUUCGAGUCCUGCCUGGAUUCUGCGAUAUGUCUGGGCAGCAGGUGCGAGGAGGAGGCCGCCAUCAAGUGCACCUCGCGGAUACCGUAUUUCGAAGGCAGGUGUCAUUGCUGCGACUGGUGCCUCCUGCGGACGCUCGCCUGUCUCGACAAGGACCAGGACCGGGCAAGCUUCCACUACUGCCAAAACAUUUGCAAGCACCUGUGAAUCCGUCGCCAGACCCGUGCGAAGAUCGAGUGCCUGCGAAGUUCGAUCGCGCUC